AUGAAAGAAAAGAUUAGGAUCGCUCAGCCUGCCAGAGCACUUCGGCUAUCCCCAAGCAAGCUAAGCACCGUCCAUGAGGCCGAUGCUACAAUUCUCCGCGGCAUACCCGAGCACCCUGAAUUUUCAAAGGCCCUCAACGCCCGCGCGAUCAUAAGCGAUCUCAUCCCGGACAUAGACCUCGCAAAGCAGCCGCAGGAACUACCAUACUGUAUGAGGUACCAGGUGGCUAGCCUUGUAUCUCGAUUUGGAGCAUGUUCUCCCCGAGUUGCCGUUGCGGAGGAAGCUCGCGAUGGGGGCAGCGACGCCAUUUUCAACCACAUCAUGUCGCAGCCCGCGCUAUACAAACGUCAGAAGCAGGAGUUUACAAAGCCAGAAGGACCAGAUGGUCUAUUUUUCGAGAUAUGUCCUUACCUCGGCUUGGAUGAAAUGAUAUAUGAUAUCGCAGAGAAACAAGGAAUCUCUGAAUUAGUCCCCCACGACGACUACAGGCCCUCGUCAUUAUUAUCUACCGAUCCGAUGCUCAACCUUCUCACGUCCCUUUUACCUGUCUAUCUCCCGGCCAAAGACAAAGAUCAACUCAUUCUCACGGCUGCCUACUAUGGCGACAUUGAUCGUUACACCCGUCUUUGGCGGCCGAAACCGGCGAGAGCGGAGCUCUGCUGCGUUAUAAGGGGCAUCUAUCACCACCCCCUGUUUGCUUUAUGGUGGUCGCGCCAGCCGAACAUCCUUGAAGACCCACGCUUUUACCGGCGAGACAGAUUCCAUAUCCAAAAGGCCAUUGGGGCACGGCACAUUAUGAACAAUAACAUCUCCCGCUUGCUCGCCCACAAAGACGACAAGGAAACUCAUCAUGUCCCUGGAAUGCGAGAAGCCUGCCUUUGCGCCGCCAUCUUUGCCGACUACAGGGAACUCUUUGACGAGCUUCUAGUCUUGCCUGGCGUAGUCCCCAAUUAUUUCCUCCUGGAAGAAGCAGAGAAGAGCAGCAGUCAGCACUACGUCUAUAUUGAAUCAAGCUAUAGGCUACUUUCGGUGAAGGAUCGCAUUCUCUUGGAAAGGAGCUCGUCUCUCGCAACGUAUCCGAGUGUGCCCCGUGUCUGGGGAGACAUGUGGCACAACGGGACCCCGUACGACGGGGUAGGAGCGGACGCAGACAUGCUGGUGUUAUGUCUCAUGGCUCCGGAGGCGUGGAGGCCACACCAAGAGAGAUUCUCAUGUAUCGAUUUGAACUAUGAAGAGUGGCCACUGAAAUGGUAGACUGA